AUGUCGGAAGUUUGCCCUCUUCCAACAAAUGCCAACUGCACUGUGGAAACAUGCCCCCUCAGUUGCGCCCAGGUUGAAUACCUUCCAACUCUUGCCGGCAAUGCAGUCUACGCCGCAGGUUUUGGCCUGCUCCUGAUCGCGCAGAUCGGUCUCGGCAUCCGGUAUAAGACAUGGGGAUUCAUGAUUGGCAUGGUCUGUGGUCUCGUCCUCGAGGUCGUCGGAUACGCCGGCAGAAUCAUGCUACACAACAACCCGUUCGACUUUAACAACUUCAUCAUCUACCUCGUUCCUAUGACAAUUGCACCCGCCUUCCUCGCCGGCGCCCUUUACCUCUGCCUCUCCCGCAUCAUCAUCGUUCACGGUCAGCACAUCUCCCGCUUCAGCCCUCGAACCUACGCAAUCACCUUCAUGACGAGCGACUUCAUCUCCCUCGUCCUUCAAGGCGCCGGUGGUGGUAUCGCAGCCACCGCAGACACACACUCUGGCAGCGAGACAGGAAGGGCCAUGAUGGUCGCGGGUGUCGUGUUUCAAGUCGUAUCCCUGCUCGUCUUCAUGCUCUUGUGGCUGGAGUUCGUCUUCCGUCUGCGCAAGACCACCGAAGGAAACAAGGGCGGAUCACGGUUCGCCGAUCUCAGGUCGACAAAGAAGUUUCACUGGUUCCAGUGGGCGCUCGGCGCGGCUGUUCUGCUUGUCUUCAUCCGUUCGGUGUACCGUGUUGCCGAGCUGCAGCAGGGCUUCAACGGGCCUAUUGCUAAUGACGAGGUAUCCUUUAUGAUCUUGGAGGGGCCGAUGAUAUUCCUUGCGAUUCUUGCGGUGACGGUUCUGCAUCCUGGAAUCGGGUUCGGUGGGCAAUGGAGCAGCGCGGCCUGGUCUGUCAAGCACUCCAGGAAGGCGGCUUUCGAGAUGAGCAGCUCAUCCAUGGAAGAGAUUCAGGGUAACCAUGCCUGA